AUACGCCUCAGGCUCCGCCUCGCAAGGACCGUGGAAUUAUACCACCCGAAGAGGAUAUUCGCAGGUUGUUCCAAGAAUGCGACGUCGCCAAGAACAAUGCCCAAGUACUCUCUGGAGCCUUACCAUUUGCUACUCCAGCCAACUUUUCCUCGGAUCCUGUCAUCCAAGAAUUCUACAACAAGUGCCGUGCGUCUCAAGAACUUAUCAUGGCGCAAAUCGCAUGGGCUAGUGCGGGAGCUGAGCGUUCGCGGUUAGCUGCCGAGAAGGCAGCCAAAGAUUCGGGCAGUGACAAUGGUCCCAAUAGAUUGACUAGGCAAGCCAAGCCCGGUCGAGAGGGUCGAAACAAUGGAUCGGACGACUUGACCAAAGAAGAGAGACUGUUGGCCGCGCUGUUGUCUGCUAGUACAGAGUUGAUGGAGGUAUUCAAAGAGUAUGAACAGUUGGAACAAAUGGCGCGCACUGAAAAGGAGGAGCGCGAAAUUGCGAAGAGGAGUAUGACAGAUACCAGGAUGGAUCGCACGCAAAUCCAUCUGAUCAAACCAGAUGGCUCAGUUGUAGACGCCCCAGCUGCAGUCAAUGCUGGCUCCUCGUCCCGUUCGCCGUCUCCCGCUAUACCUGCCUCUACACGCAGUAUAUCCGGGACGACCGUACCUACCGUUGCGUCAAACACUGCUGCUGCCAAGGGAGCUGGAGGAAGGGACCUCCCUCUUCCUCCUCACAUGUCUGGAGAGCAUUUGGUCACACCCGGUGCAACGCCGAUCACCCCGAAUGCUCCAAUAAACUAUCCUCCGCAACAACAACCAGGAGCCCCAGCUUCUCAACAACAAGGCCCACCUUAUCAUCAUCAGCAUCAUUCGUCUACCCACUCGAUCAACAAUUACAAUACUGCUACCCUCAAUUUACCGCCGGCAGCACCUCACGGGCCACGACACCCCCCUUCGAACAACCGUUCGCGAACCCCGUCUCCAGAUCGGCCAGGUGUCGUCAGUGGUACGGUGCCUGGUACAACUUCGCCCCCUCUUAUGGAGUACGGUCCACCGUCCCACCCGCCACCACAGCAUGGUCAACGAGGAGGUGCAGGGGGUGCACGAUAUGAUUCUCUCAGAAGUGGUAAUAGGACAGAGUCGCCUGUACCCGGCGGUGCACCUCCUGGCUUGGGAGGAACGCAUAAUGUUGCGGGUAUGAGGAUCGAUACAGAUGCUGCACAUAGGUACUCGAGUGAUGAAGAGAAUCUCAUGACGCCAAUUAGACCAAGUGCCAAGGCUUUAGGCAAGAGAAGAGCAGAGGUCGAGGCACCUCCUGAUGAGGAAGAACUUGAACGAAGAGAAGAGGAAGAGCUCGAGGAAGCAUUCUACCGCUCUACCAUCCCCGUCGAUGCGGAGACGCCCACCAGGACUGUGUACUAUGUAUAUGAUGCGGCUGCUGAACGAGCCAAGGAACUUGAUCGCUUGGAGAAGGAAGAGCAAGAGAAGGAGCGGUUAAAGGCGUUGCAAGCGAGGAAUAGCAUCCUGAGAGGGUCGGGUGGUGGCUCUGGCACCGCUGCAGCGGCAGCAGCUGGCGGCGCGGGUGCCCAACAACAACAACCACUUGGAGCAGUCAACAAUCCCCGAAUCUAA